AUGUCUCAACACCCACCAGUUAAGCGUUAUAGACGCGAGGAAAAUUCAUCAGAUUCUGAAGAUGAUGUAGAAAGUUAUGAGCCUUAUGUGCCUGUGAAAGAAAGAAUGAAACAGAAAUUAUUGAAACUCGGUCGUCUUGGACAGGUAGCUAAUGAAGUAGCUGCAGAAACGAAGAGUUCUAGUGAUAAUGAUCCAGAUGAUGAAGGUUCGCAAGAGGAGUGGGGCCGUCGUUACAAUGUCUCGCUGCUGGAUCAACAUAGUGAAUUGAAAAGGUUGGCAGAAGCAAGAGCACUGUCAGCCGCUGAACGACAAGCAAAAGAGGAGGAACACAUCCUUGAGAGUGUAGCACAGAGCAAGGCUCUAAUGGGUGUUGCUGAAUUGGCUAAAGGCAUCCAAUAUUCUGAACCAAUCAAGACUUCAUGGAGACCACCACGGUGUAUCCUGGAAUUACCAGAGUCAAGGCAUGAGAGAGUUAGGCAGCAGCUCAGGAUACUGGUGGAAGGCGAAGAUGUUCCACCUCCGAUACGCACUUUUCAGCAUAUGAAGUUUCCUAAAGGUAUACUAAGAGGUCUGGAAGCGAAGGGAAUAAAGAAGCCCACUCCCAUACAAGUUCAGGGUAUCCCAGCUGUGUUACAAGGACGGGACAUGAUUGGCAUAGCUUUCACAGGAUCUGGAAAGACUCUGGUAUUCACAUUACCGCUGAUAGCCAUGUGUUUGGAGCAGGAAGUGCAAAUGCCGUUUGUCAAAAACGAAGGCCCUUACGGCCUAAUAAUAUGUCCGUCCCGAGAAUUGGCGAAACAGACACACGACAUUAUUCUACAUUUUAUCAAGCAUUUAAAAAUGGCCGGACAUCCGGAAAUCAGGAGCUGCUUGGCGAUUGGUGGUGUGGCUGUUUCGGAAUGUAUGGAGACAGUGCAGCGAGGUGUCCACAUCAUGGUUGCUACCCCGGGAAGAUUGAUGGACAUGCUGGAUAAGAAAAUGGUGCGAUUAAACGUAUGCCGUUACCUCUGUAUGGACGAAGCAGACAGAAUGAUAGACAUGGGUUUCGAAGAGGAUGUGAGAACCAUAUUCUCAUACUUCGCCGGUCAGCGGCAGACGCUGCUGUUCAGCGCUACUAUGCCACGGAAGAUUCAGAACUUCGCGAGGUCAGCCUUGGUCAAACCAGUGACAGUUAACGUGGGUCGAGCUGGUGCCGCAUCGCUGAACGUCCGUCAAGAGUUGGAACUGGUGAAGGCGGAAGCGAGGACGGUGCACCUCCUCCACUGUCUGCAGAAGACCCCACCACCGGUGCUGGUUUUCGCUGAGAGGAAGCAGCACGUGGAUGCGAUACAUGAGUACUUGCUGCUAAAGGGAGUUGAAGCUGUAGCCAUCCACGGUGGGAAAGAUCAAGAAGAAAGAUCGAGAGCCGUCGAAGCGUUUAGAAAAGGAGAGAAAGAUGUUCUAGUAGCUACAGAUGUCGCUAGCAAAGGUCUCGACUUCCAGAACAUACAGCACGUCAUCAAUUAUGACAUGCCGGAGGACAUUGAGAACUACGUGCACCGGAUCGGUCGGUGCGGGAGGGCGGGGCAGGUGGGCGUGGCCUCGACGCUCUUGUCGCGUCAGCAGGACGACAGUGUACUUAGGGAUCUAGCGCAUCUAUUGAGGGAGGCUGGACAGAAGGUACCCUCAUUCCUGAUAGACAUGAUAGGUGGCGCUGAAGAGCCAGCGGCGGAUGGCCAGGGUUGUUCCUACUGCGGGGGUUUGGGGCAUCGGAUUACAGAAUGUCCCAAGUUGGAAGCGGUUCAGAACAAGCAAGCCUCGAACAUCGGGAGAAGGGAUUACUUGGCGAACACGGCCGCGGACUAUUAA